AUGUUGGGUCGCCUUAUUAGCAGGAAUGGGGGAUCCAUAUGGAAAUCACGCUACCUUCUCUCUCAACGAACGUGUCGCCCUCGCUUAAUUAACUCACUGGGUCGUUAUCGCUACUCAUCGUCGUAUUCUUUCAAAGACCCUAGUAGAAUUCCACCUCUGACUGUUGCUUUGAUAGUUACAGUGUCCGUCAUUUAUUGGAUUAGCCCCAAGAAGAAUCGUAAGGUUGAACCGUUGAAAGUUGAAAAUGUUGCAAUUACCCCAAUCGGCGUGAAGGAUCAAGAUGGACCAAUAUUGGAAUCAUUACCAGGACCGGAGCAAGAAUUGGCUGAACCUGAAGAGCAUAAAAUAGAAUCUGUAACUCAAGACAUUGCUGAACCUGAAGAGCAUGAGGAAGAAUCCAUUAUUCGAGAGGUGGAAGUUGUACCACAAUCAGAGUAUGAACCUCAGUCAACGCUUACAACUCAGGACGAAAUAAAAAUGGAACCUCUAACUGAAACUAUUAGUGAUGCUGAAACGGAUAUACUAUCAUCAUCAACAACAACAAAUACUGAUGAUUCAAACUUCAUGGAAUCUAUGGAGGAUGUCAACCUGAUUCUUUCCACGACGCUGGAUGAAGAUGAAACUGAAACAAUACAUAGGGAUGUUAAUGAAUUGGAUGAUUUUCUGAAGGCAGACAAUAAGUUUAAUGAAGAAGUUCAUAAAGAGAAGCCGAGUAAAGUUUUCUCCAACCUAGAAGAAUUUGAGACAAACUAUCCCGCUGAGAAAACUACUACGAAACCAUGUCCAUUACAUCAUGAUAAUGAUGAUUCUGAUGCCGGAUUCCAUUUGGAAGAAAUUAACAUGCCCGGUGAUAUAACCAUAUUGAACCCACAUGGUAAUGAAUUACAUGAUACAAAGCACCUAAUAAAGCAUAAAAAAGAACAACCGACCUCUGAAACGGAAGCAGACACGUUUGAAAAUCCACAAGCGGAUGACUUGUUGGAAAAUUCUGGUUCUUCACAUUUUGAAGAAAUUAUUAUACCUGGUGAUAUAACUAUUUUAAACACCGAAGAUUUGCCCGUACCUGAUGAAAUCCUCAAGAAUAGCAAUAACUCUGAGGGAAAGACAAUAAAAUCCAAAGACAAAUCAUUUGUUGAUAAGUAUACACCUGAAGAUGAAAUAAAGGAUGAUGCAACUGCUUUGAAAACGGGAGAACAAUCUAUAAUUGAUGUAAGCUCUCCAGAUCUUGAAGAAACUGAGGCAACUAAAAUAACCCCAGAAGACAGCUCUGUUAUUACUCAUCAUGCGCAUGACCUUGGCAUGAUAGAUAUUGAAUCUAAUGAAUUUGAUGAGGGAAUGCUCUUAAGAGAAGGUGAACUUCCCACUUUAACUAAAAUUUAUGAUAAGGAAACAAUUCACACUGAAGCAACAGACAAAUCUUCCGGUGCAAAAAAUACCCUUCCUAAGGGAUUGGAAGAACAAUUAAAAGAUGAACCUCUCGAAGAACCUCUCGGGGACAUAUCUACCACUGGCAAUAUAGCAGAGCGUAUAGUUGAGAAAGAAGAACAAGAGUUAACUUCCAAGGAAACUGAAGCUAAAGAAGAAGGUGCAUAUAAUCCGGAUACUGGAGAAAUUAACUGGGAUUGUCCCUGUCUUGGGGGAAUGGCACAUGGACCUUGCGGUGAAGAGUUUAAGAUAGCAUUCGCAUGUUUUGUGUACUCUGAAAAGGAACCAAAAGGAGUAGAUUGUAUUGAAAAAUUUCAAUUCAUGCAAGACUGUUUUAAAAAAUAUCCAGAACAGUAUUCUGAACAAUUGGAUUCAAAUAAUAAUAGCAAUGCAGACGAUGGUGAUAAUCUUGAUGUCGCCCAGGGAUCGCCUGAAGUAACUCCAAUCAAUAACGAAUAG